AAGGAUAAGACAGUGCUGCUGCCCGGCGACGCUGGCCCCGGCGCGGCCGAGGCCGAGGGGGACGGGCCGGCGGUCACCAUAUUUGAGGACCUGGAUGAUGGCAGCCUGGGCAGCAAAGGGCGCGUCACGAUCUACUGCAUAUCGGGUGCGCCUGAUGGGUUCAGGGUUCCGCGUCUCUAG